AGUGCAUAUCGUUAUGACCUACGUAAAGUUUACUGUGAAUGGGAAAAGAUGUACAGUGACCUGCGAUGUCCAUCGGGAGACAUCCCUGUACACCUACCUCACAUACCACCUGGGCCUCCCGGGAACAAAGGCUAUGUGCAGGCAGGGAGUGUGCGGAGCGUGUAUUGUGAAGGUGACUGCGCACAGAGAGACCAGUGGCACCGUGGAGACUUUCUCCGUUAAUUCUUGCCUGGUGCUUGUAGUCUCCUGCAACGGAUGGGAUAUCACCACCGUAGAGGGCGUCGGCAACAGACUGAAGGGCUACAGUGAAGUACAGAAACGCAUAGCCGCUUUUAACGGCACCCAGUGCGGAUUCUGCACUCCUGGAUGGGUGAUGCAUUUAACUAGUCUUUUAAACAAGGGCCUCAAUAUGGCUGAAUUGGAGAACUCGUUUGGCUGCAACACUUGUCGAUGUACAGGAUAUAGGCCAAUCCUAGACACUAUCAAAUCGUUCGCUGUGGAUGCCAGUCCUGCGCUAUCCAAACAAGUUGAAGACAUAGAAGAACUUUCUACCUGCUUCAAUGACCAAACCAAGAUUUGUGACAGAAAGUGUUCUACAUGCAGCGAUGGAGAUUGGAGCUUAGUAGACGCUUUGAGCGAUCGUAAACCAAUCAUACUAAACUACGGAAAAACUAACUUUAUUAAAGUUUAUACCGAAGACCAGAUAUUUACUAUACUUAAUUCUUAUGGAGCGAGAGAUUAUAUGUUUAUUGAUGGAAAUACUGGAAAAGCUACAAUCGAGGAUUUUGAGUAUCCAGCUACUCUGAUCGACAUCAGUGAAGUGACUUCCUUGAAGGUGUACCGCUUCGAUCAGAACCUUGUCCUAGGUGCCAACAUAUCACUUGAGGACACGCUGGCAUUAUUCAAGAGUACCGCAGUAGCUAUGGAGGAAUUUGGAUAUUUAGGAGAGUUCGCGAAGCAUUUUGAUUUGAUAGCUCAGAUUCCAGUGCGAAAGUUGGACUCACUGGCGGGAAACAUAAUGCUGAAGUACAGAGACCCAUUCUAUCCAUCUGACGUGUUUGUACUGUUUGAAGCAAUCGGAGCCACUAUCACCAUACGUGACGCCAAUAACGUUAGAACUUCAUAUUCUAUGGAAGAUUUUCUACAAACCGACAUGCGUGGUAAAUUGAUCGUGAGUUUCCAAUUGCCACCACGCGGUUCCAAUCAUUUGUUUAGGAGUUAUAAGAUAAUGCCGAGAAGUCAAAACGCUUUGGCCAUCGUUAACGUGGCAUUUAGCGUCAAACUGGACACCAGUUGCAGUUCUAUAGACUCGAUACGUAUCGUGUAUGGCAACAUUGCACCCGAUUUCAUACACGCCAGCCGCACGGAGGCAUAUUUGAAAGGAAAGAAUCUAUUUAACAGCACUGUGGUGCAAGGAGCUAUUGAGGUGUUAAAUAAGGAACUGGUGCCAGUGGAGAAGCCUCCGGCACAAUCUGCGUGGACAAGGAAGAAGAUGGCAAUAGGACUAUUUUACAAGUUCGUCCUUAAUUUAACUCCAGAGGGAAUAGUCUCUCCACGAUACCUAUCUGGCGGUCAACUAAUCGUCCGACCCGUAUCCAGCGGCACGCAGGUGUUCCAAACAGACCCCACGCUGUACCCCCUCAAUCAGCCCGUCAUGAAGCUGGAAGCUAUCAUACAAAGUUCCGGUGAAGCCCAAUACGUAAAUGGUAUACCACCAUUGCCUUAUGAAGUUCACGGGGCUUUUGUGUUGUCUACAGUCCACAAUGGCGCUGUAGAUAACGUUGAUGUUGCAAAUGCGUUGGAUUUAGAAGGCGUCUUGGCUGUGUAUACGGCUAAAGAUAUACCAGGAAAAAAUUCUUUCACCUUCCCCGGUAUACAACUUCAAACGGAAGACGAGCCAAUUCUGGCAGAUGAAAGUAUAAAAUACUACGGACAACCAGUAGCAAUAGUGGUAGCAAAAAGUCACCAGUUAGCCAUAGACGCAGCUAGAAAAGUCAAAGUUACAUACAAGAAUCUUGUGAAUACGGUUCCAAUUUUAACUAUUAAUCAAGCUAAGAAAUUCAGUGAUAGUAUCCUAUCGGGUCCGACAAUCGAACCAACAGGUAGAGGACAAGAUGUUAAAAAAGUUGUUAAAGGCGUGUUCGACUUGCAAGCUCAGUAUCAUUAUUAUUUGGAGCCGUUGGCAUGUGUUGCGAUCCCGCUUGACAAAGCCAUGGAGGUGUAUGAUACAACACAAUGGAUGGAUUUGACGCAAAUUGCAGUAGCACAGUGCUUGCGAAUGCAGGAAAGCGAUAUCCAUGUUAAAGUUCGUCGCUUGGGGGGAGGUUUUGGUGGGAAAAUCAGCCGUAACGUGCAAGUAGCGUGCGCUAGCGCAAUUGUUGCGAAGAGAAUGGAUCGCCCUUGCAGAUUCGUUUUACCAUUACCGACCAAUAUUACUAUAGCUGGAAGAAGAUUGCCUUGCCAGUGUGAAUAUGAGGUCGGAGUAGAUGACAACGGGAAGAUUCAGUACUUGAACGCAACAAUCACAGAGGAUGAUGGCUUUACUCACAACGAAAAUAUUUUGGACUUCGUCAUCGGUGGCUUUCCACACUGUUACAAUACUGAAUACUUUAAUUUUAAGACGUACGCUGUCCUUACUGAUUUGCCUGGCAACACUUUUGCUAGAGCCCCUGGAACACUUGAGGGCAUCGUGAGCAUGGAAAACAUUAUGGAACAUAUAGCCGUUGCUGUAAAAAAAGAUCCGACCGAUGUUCGUUUAAUUAACAUGAGAACUGAAGACAACGAUUUACCCCAGCUCAUAACUAACUUAAAAGCUAAAGCUGACUAUGAAAAGAGGCUAAGAGAUGUCAAAGAAUUUAACAAAAACAAUAGGUGGAUGAAGAAAGCUAUCAAAAUCAACGUUAUGCUGUUCCCCGUGCUAUUUUAUGGAAACUACACAGCUAUGGUAUCCAUCUAUCGUGGUGAUGGUACAGUAACGGUUACAACAGGUGGCAUUGAAAUGGGUCAAGGUGUUAAUACUAAAGCUGCUCAGGUGUGCGCUUAUGAAUUGGGAAUACCACUCAAAACAGUAUCAGUCAUUCCCCACUACUCUUUCGUAGCAGCGAAUAAUGUUUUUUCAGGCUCCAGCAUUGUAAGCGAAUGCGUUUGUUACUCAAUAAUGAAAGCAUGCAACAUUCUGAAGGCGCGACUAAAUCCUAUAAGAAAUCAGAUGAACAGUCCAACAUGGUUAGAGUUGAUAACAAAAGCUGGGGCGGAUCUAGUAGAUUUGACUGCAUCGUACACGAUGACUGACCAAGAGCCGGAUUUGCAGAACUACAGUGCGUUUGCAGUUUCAAUUUUGGAGGUACAACUGGAUGUACUAUCGGGCAAGUUUCAACUGAACAGAUGUGACAUAUUGGAAGAUGUUGGGUUGAGUGCCAAUCCGAAUAUUGAUGUUGGUCAGGUUGAAGGUGCUUAUGUGCAAGGCUUGAGCUAUUUGACAUGUGAAAAAUUUGUUUACGAUAAAAACACAGGCAAGUUGCUGUCGAAUGAUGCGCUUGAGUACGAAGUGUACCUGGCUAAGGAUAUUCCAGUUGACUUCAGGGUCUACUUGAGAUACAAUUCCAGGAAUCCUAAAGGCGUUAUGGGGUCUAAAGCCGUAGGAGAGAUGGGGGUGGUGUCGUCGCACGGUGUGAUCUAUGCGUUGAGACAAUGUAUCAUGGAGUCCCGCAAGGAUUCUGGAUACGAUCCUCAUGAAUGGAUUGAUCUUGAAUUACCCCUUACAGCGCAGUCAAUUUUGAAAGCGUUGGAUGUUAAACUUACCGAGAUGGAGUUGGCUUAAUUCAGAAGAAUUCAAAGGCUUAUUAGGGAUUUCAGACGUGUCUGGUUGUGUGUUGCUUUUACAAUGUUACUUAGGAUAAUUUAUAAAUAAGUACGUGCA